AUCUACACAACUGUCGCAUCAAAACACCAUUGUUCAAGAUUAUUUCACGACCCACAACCUUCAAAGGAUUUGGUGCCAAACAAAACAAUUCUUCUAAUGUUUUCCCUGCAAUGAACUAUGAUGGAGAGAGGGUCGUCUCCAGGGGCAGACAGUAGACGGAGCACAGAAGCAGCAGCUACCAAACUCACUGAAGGGUCUGCGCUGAAGCGAGGAGAAAGUUACAUCAGGGAGAACAGCAUGGCCCCUGGAGAGGCAGAGCAAGAAACUCCAGACAGAGCACAGGAUUCCAGUGAGAACUCCUUGAUGAAGCUGCAGAGCUUUGACAUUGACCUGUGCUCAUCGUUUCUGCCGAGCCCCGAGGAGGGUCCGGGAACACCACGGAGCAAGGAGCAAACUCCUCCAAUCAAUCGGAGCGGUACUGCUGAUGAGGGAAGCGCUGGGGAGCACACUGCCCCAAUUAUUGAUUUCAAAUUAAUGCAUCAGCAGGAUAGUGAUGAGCCGACUCCAGCCUUUGAAGGCUGGCAGAGUGAGCUGGAGAACGGAGUCGAAGCCCAUCGAUCCAUGGGGGCUGGCAGAUUACUGCACCACAUCACCGAGGGCGAUAACCCACUAGUGUCACCACGUUGCUCCAGUUUUAGCAAGAGCCAAAGAUUUGUAUUGGACACAGAAGCUGCCCCUUCUCCACCGAGUGCUCAGCUCUUCAUCAUGCCAAGAAACUCUUCGCUAGUCAAUUCAGAAGCUGAGAACAGUCCAAUGCUGAUGACACAGCUGACUAAACAGAUCCAGAAUUUGAGGAAGAAAAUACGCAAGUAUGAAGAAAAAUUUGAGCAAGAGAAAAAAUAUCGGCCAUCCCAUAGUGAUAAAGUUGGCAAUCCAGAAGUCUUGAAGUGGAUGAAUGAUCUGACAAGGGCUCGUAAGCAGUUAAAAGAGUUGAAACUGAAGAUCUCCGAGGAGGAGAACAGGCGGCAUAGACAUCGAAGCAGCGUGCCGCCCGGAAACUCCAGGCAGGACAAAGAGAACAAGCACCAGGGAUCCGGAGAAUCCCAGCAAAAACCGAGUGUUGAGGAAACUGUACAGAUUGUGAUGAAAAAGCUGAAAGAAAAGCAGGAAAUACUUGGCCUUCCGGAGGACGUUAAGGAAAUGACACAAAAGCAACUGAGGUUAGAUAAGGUCAACAUGCAAAAUUGCCUAUUGCAUUUUGAAAGCCUUUAUGGACGACCGGUGAACAAACAGGAAAGACUGCUAAUGAAGCCGCUCUAUGACAGAUAUCGAAGUAUUAGGCAGCUUCUCUCUCCUGCAGCAGCCAUCCCCACUAUUGAAGAAGAAGGUUCAGAUGAAGAAACCAUUCUGAAGAGUUGUGAAAUAUCAACCAGACCGAUAGAGGAGUUUCCUUUUCAAGAAUUUGUAGGCAAUGUAGACCAUAGAGAUGAAGAUCAUGAGCCUGGAUUUCUUCCAACUCUGGAUGAGAAGAAAGAUAUCAGGCAUUCAACUACUUCACUGGCCAAUCUACAUGAAGCUUCUAUGCCUGAAUUGUUGGAACAUCUUCAUGAAACUAGAGCGGAGAAGAAGAAACUCCGCAAAGCGCUCCGAGAGUUUGAAGAGCAAUUUCUCAAACAAACCGGAAGGAAUGUACAGAAAGAAGAUCGCAUUCCAAUGGCUGAAGAAUAUAUCCAGUACAAGCAUACAAAAGCCAAACUUCGAUUACUGGAAGUACUCAUCGCUAAACUGGAUGGUACAAAAACUGUUUUGAGUUCUUAAAGAUGAACUUUACUCAGAAGACAAUUUUUUUUGGUCUUUAAAACAACCAGAGGAAAUUAUUCAAUCCUUUCUAAAAUUCUGGAUAUUGGAUCCUCGCAUUUGUGCCAUAGAAACACUUUUUGGCUGCACUUUAUUAAUUAUUGAAGUCUGAAAAUUCCAACAGUGACACGAGAAUGAACAUGAGGGUUGUUGAGCAACUAAUCAAAGUCACUGUCACUAAUGACGACAACACUUUACAAGAUGCACUGACGAUAUUUUUGAGUAGGUAGCUUUGAGAAUUUUAUGAAAUAAAUCCUAUUCUGGAUUAUGAUAACGCUCCAAAUAGAUAAUUAUUUCUUGGCAAGGCAAAUGUUCAGGAGGGAAAAGUGUUUUGCUUGCCUCUAUGUGAAACAUCAUAGCACUUUAUUUAUGUCAUUGUGGGGUUAAAAAGUGUGUUAUGUCUACCAAAAACUGCCUUUUUCACAUUUUGAUGGUUUCUUCAUUUUUUUUAAACACAUUACAGUUUAAAUAUAAUCAAUUUCUUGAAGG